CUCCCUGGCGGCGGGUGGCGGCGCCGCAGCGAGGCGGCCAUUUUGUGGCGCUGCGCGGUCGGUGGCGCGGGGCUCGGCGCGGAGCGGGGCCCGGGGGCGGUGUUGGCGCCGUUCUCAGCCCUUUUCCCGUACGGAUCCCUCGGGUUAUCUUAACUUUUGGAGCCUCCUGUAGGAAAACACUUCUUUCAGUUGUACAGCAGCACUUGGGAUGCUUGUGACCAUAUAAGCAGCGAGUUUCUUCUUGGUGUGUGGUUUCAGCACAGCGUGGCUGUGGUCAUCCACUUGCAAGGUCUUCUGAUUAUGGUGGGGACCAUGGACUUCUCUGCACUGACCAUCCCUGAUGGGGGCAAGCAUAUUGUAGGGGGUGAAUUGGGGGAAUAAAAUCAGCAGUGUUGAUAUUACAAAAUGACAAAACAUCCUCCGAAUAGAAGAGGGAUCAACUUUGAGGUGGGAGCCCAGUUGGAAGCCCGUGACAGAUUAAAAAACUGGUAUCCAGCUCACAUUGAAGAAAUUGAUUAUGAGGAAGGAAAAGUACUUAUCCAUUUCAAACGGUGGAACCACAGAUACGAUGAAUGGUUUUGUUGGGACAGUCCUUAUUUACGGCCUUUAGAGAAAAUACAGUUAAGAAAGGAAGGAUUACAUGAGGAAGAAGGGUGUGCAGGUUUUCAUAUAAAUGAUCAGGUGUUGGCAUGCUGGUCUGACUGUCGCUUCUAUCCAGCCAAAGUUACUUCUGUUAACAAGGAUGGUACAUACACUGUGAAAUUUUAUGAUGGUGUAGUUCAGACUGUCAAAAACAUUCAUGUCAAAGCUUUUUCCAAAGAUCAGAAUAUUGUGGGUAAUGCUAAGCCUAAAGAAAGAGGUAAUGAAAUUCCGUCAUCUCCUGAAAAGCGGGAGAAAUUUAAAGAACAGAGGAAAGCAACAGGUAAUGCAAAGAAAGACAAGGAUGAAAAGACAUUAAAGACUGAAAAAAGGGUUAAGCAACCUGAUAAAGAGGGGAAACUGAUAGUCGUUUCAGAAAAAGGCAAGGUCUCAGAGAAGAAUAUAUCUAAGAAUGGAAAAGAAGAUAAAGAGAAUAUAUCAGAGAAUGAUAUGGAAUAUUCAAUAGAUACACAAAUUGAGAAGAAGCCUGAGAAUGACAAUGUGAAGAGUCCACAGGAAAACGUAAAAGAAACUAAACGAAAACGUGGAAGACCACCAAUAACACCUCCAGCAGAGCCUGGUUCUCAGACACUGCAGCCCAUAGCCUUGGAGUUAAGACGUCGGAAAAUACCAAAAGGAGGUGAAGUUCCGUCAAAGCGUCCCAGGAUAGACAGAAACUUGUCUCAGGAAAAAUUGAAGAACUCAUCAGAUAACCAUGAAAAAGAUCAGAUCAGGAGGCGAUCUUCAAGACUCUCAUCUGGUGUUAGCCAUGAGAUUUUAAAUACAGAUCAUGUCACAACUUCAACAGAAGUUCAGACUUUGAAAGACACGGUGUCUAACCCGAAGGAGUCUGAGAAGGUCCAGUUAGAAGUUCCUGUUGAAUCUGACCAAAGUUUUGGUGAACAAGCAUCUCCUGGAAACACAUCACAUAGCACGGUACUCAGUACGGAUGCCAGUUUACAAGAAGAAAACAUUGAAGACACUGAAUCUUCCUCUGUUACUGUCAGAACUGAAGAACCUGCUGCUGCUACAGUAACAAAACCUUUUAGGAGAUCAGAUUUUCUUGCAUCAAAAAAAGCUCCAACCGUUGAUCAAGACCACAAGUUUAAAUGCAAGUUCGUGGACUGUUCAAAGUCAUUCCGCAAAGCCAAGUUAUUGCAUUAUCACAUGAAAUAUUUUCAUGGAGUGGACAAGUCUGCAGAAUCACAGCAGAACCCGGUAAAAAGGCACAUUCAAACCAGAGCUUCUUUGGCUUCUGAGAAAGCUAAUCAAGAAAGGUCAAAAAGAGGACGGAGUGCAGCUGGUUCAUUGUAUGCUCCUCUACACAUAGCCCUGAGGAGUACCUCAUAUAGAGGUGAAAAAAUAGAAAAGAGAAGAACUGCUACUGCUGUAAAUGCAUUAAAUAGUCACCGAUACUCUGUUAGAGGGCAAACCAAGGAGAACCACGUAGUGAGAUCGCUCCGGAAACCUCAGGAGAAACAAAGAGGUGAAAAUGCUGCUAAAGAACAUGAGAAGAACAAAGAAAGAAAAUCCAAGGACUAUGGAAGGUCCAAGGCGAAGAAGAAGAAGAAAAAGAAAAAGAGGACUAAGCCUGAGUACUCUGCUAGUGAAGAAAACACAGAUAUUUCACAGGAACUUUCUCCUGAAAAAUCAAUUGUCACAAAAAGUAUUUCUUCAAAUAAAUCAUCUGCCCACCCAAGCACACAGCUGCAGUGCUCUGAGUCUGGACACCAUCGAGGAAAAUCAAAGACGAAUGAGGAGGACACCAUGAGUGAGUCAUCUGUGGACAGCUUGCUUUGGAGCGACGAUGACUGCAGUCAGGAUGUUGAUGUAACCACAAAUCCUGAUGAAGAAGCUGAAGAAAGUGACUUUGAGAUUGUUCGGUGUAUUUGUGAAGUAAAAGAAGAAAAUGACUUCAUGAUUCAGUGUGAAGAGUGUCUGUGCUGGCAGCAUGGAGUCUGUAUGGGUUUACUGGAAGAUAAUGUACCUGAGAAAUACACCUGCUAUAUUUGCCAAGAUCCUCCAGGUCAGAGGUCCAGCUUAAAGUACUGGUAUGAGAAGGAGUGGUUGAGCAAUGGCCACAUGCAUGGCUUAGCGUUCUUGGAAGAAAAUUACUCCCACCAGAAUGCCAAGAAGAUAGUAGCCACUCACCAGCUUCUUGGUGAUGUGCAGAGAGUGAUAGAAGUACUGCAUGGACUGCAGCUGAAGAUGAGCAUAUUGAAAAAUAAAGAACAUCCUGACCUAAAGCUCUGGUGCCAUCCGUGGAAGCACAUUACGGUGGAUGAAAAAAUCCAUACGAAACACAUCAUUCACAUUGAAGAAAACUGUUGCAAAGAGGAGACAACGAGUUAUAGAACUUGGAAUGGGACAGCUGAGAAACCCUCAGCCAUUCCUUCUGUGGAGGAAUCUUACAUCACGAGUGAACACUGUUACCAGAAACCUCGGGCCUACUACCCUGCUAUAGAGCAGAGGCUGGUGGUGGAAACAAGAGGUGCAGCCAUGGAUGAGGGUGUAAAUAGAAUAAGGGAAAAUGGGGAUGACGUCCUGUCGGAGAGGCUCGGCUGGAAUCUGGACCGAGAAAUAUGUAAAAUGGAAAAUGAAUCCAAACACAAUUACUCCAAGGUAAGAGAGCCUGCAUCUAAGAAAGCCUCUCCGGAGGAAGCUAUUGAAAUGAAACUGCUGGAAAAGGACAAAGAAGGAGUUGUGAACUCACAGCUGCAGUGGCAGCUCAAUCUUUUAGCUCAUGUGGAAUCUCUGCAAGAUGAAGUCAUACACAGAAUGGAUUUCAUUGAGAAGGAGCUAGAUGUUUUGGAGAGCUGGCUGGAUUACACGGGGGAGUUGGAGCCACCCGAGCCGCUCGCCCGCCUCCCGCAGCUCAAGCACUGCAUAAAGCAGCUGAUCACGGACCUCAGCAAGGUGCAGCAGAUCGCGCUGUGCUGCUCCACGUGAGACCAGGAGUGCUGGGACUGCAGAAAGCGCGGCGUUGGAGCGUCCGACGUGGAGAGCUCUGUGUAUUUAAAUGAAGUUAGCAUGCUGGUUGCAUGUGAUGCAGAUUGACUUCAGGGAUUUGUGAAGAGGCGCUGCUCAAAGAACGGCCAAAAGGUUAUUUUAUCUCAUAAUUCCGGGGCUAUUGGGCAAUUGUAACGAUAUGGAAGAGGUUAAUACUGUUGUCUUCAAAGGUUGGUGUUGGUUGAUUAAAUUAUACUCAAAUUUUCACUCCUCACAAGUUGCUCGUGGAAGCGGUAGACUUCUCAUAAUUAAAUUGACUAAAGUUGUGCCACUGAAGAACAGAGUUCUAAGAGCCAAAAAUGUUCAGUUGACAGAGGUUGUAAAUAACUUUGCAUAGUUUCAGUGACUUGUGUCAUGUUUUAUUCCUUCUGGUUUAUGCGUAAUGCACACUGUAUUUAAUCAUUAGGAAAUGUUAUAACGUUUUUCAGACCUAGUAAGUAUGAAUGCCCGGCUCCCAGCUUUGGGCUGCCACGUGGAGGGCUGCCAGGAGCCCAGCCAGCAUCUGUCACAGCAGAAGGCUGCAGUGCACUGCACUCACAUUCAGGAUAAAUGAUUGUUUCACAUUCUGACCGUGUCACUCACACAGUGCUGGGGCUGAGCCUCCUGCUGAGCUCGGUGCCGUGGGGCUGUGCUGCUCUGCAGGGGAGGAGGGGCUGCAGUGGCGUUGUGUGGCCUUCUCCCAUUUGUUAAUAGUUGCCAUUCCGGUUCUAUUUUGAAAUGUAGACUUUUUCCAACACUCGGGACGUGUUCACUGUAAAGACUUACUAUGAAUGUGCGGUUUUGGGAAUCAGUUUGUUUUGUAUUUGUGUAAAUAAAGCCUCGAUCUAUGCAUGAGGUACUGUCCUGAGAGGCAGUGAGUGGGUUGUUAUCUUAACAGUGUGUGUUCACGAGUUCCCUUUUCUACCUUACGUUUUAAUGUCCUGGUUUGUAUUACUCUGUGAAGCCAGGUGAAGGUGCUGCGUGGAUUCAGGUGCGCUGUGCAGUCCUUGAGGCAGUGCUGUGCUGUAUCAGAGGUGUCGAGAGCCUUUCUGCUGUGGAUCAGCACUCCGUCAGCAGCACUGCAGCUUCACUUUCCUUCCUACCACAGCUGGGGUCACCAUACAGAAUGGUGAAGGUGUUUUUCCAUGGAGAGGGCAUCCUAAGAGAGCUGCAUUGUGUGACAGUGCUGCUGAGGGUGGGAUUGGAGCUGCACUGAGCCCAUCCUGCUCGCUUACUGCAGAUGGUAAUGAUUUACUAUAGAAACUCCUACAAUAAUAAUUGUAACAUUAUCUACACAGGGAGUGUUUUAAUCAGUCCCUGCAAAGAUGAAGUAACAGGGCUUCUCUAGGUAGUCACUGCGGCUUUGUGCAAAGAGUCAUUUCAGAGAAUAGUUAGUCUGUUUCAUAGUACGAGCUGGUACGUAAUGGGCACAACGUACGUACAGCAGGAAAACAAACUUCUCUGUAACACGGUUAGAAUGAGGCUUACGUGGCAUUGAGGACCCACUUCACCCUUUGAAGAUGAGCACGUGCUGGGCUGUCUCACUGCUGCUGUGACCCCCAGCUCACGGCCGCCAUGGGGCAGGGCAGCCCAGCAGCAUGGUGUGGGCAGGAGGGCUGCGGGCAGCUGUGAGGGUGUGGGGCUGUCAGGAGAAGGGCCAGGAAGGGGAACUCUAUGAGACCUGCAGCAGGCGCUCCCACGGGGUCUGGUGGGAUGAGCAUCACUGCAGCACCACGGCUGUGCUUGGAGGCGUGGCAGCAGUUCCUGAGCUGCCCGUUCUCCUCAGAGCUGAACUUCUUUCCCAGCGACUGCUUUCUGUGCAUUCACUUUGAGUGUUGGCUGCGCCGGUUGGAUUUUGCUCAGGGCAGUGCUGAGGAGGUGGGGGAGAAAGGGGGCUGUUCUGGUGGCUGCGUGAGGUGGCAGAUCCUGGGCUGGCAGCACAGCCAGGGAAGAAGCCCUUGCAGAUAAAGACUGAAAGUAUUUAUUUAAACUAGACUAGCAUUUCUCAUGUUCAGGAAAGGUUCUUUAUUGUGCUUUGGAUUCAUUUUGUCCCUGUUUCUGUAAGUUUCCGCAUCGUUAUUUCGUAGCCUGGGCCAACUGUUGGGUCUGGCAGGUCACUUUUGUGUUCUUUAAAUCACUGGUAAGUGAAUGCAACGUGGAGCCUUGAUGAAAUGAGCAAACAUUGCACUGUGGAUACGUAUUUGUCUUUGUUUAUGCACUAUUAGAACUGAGGGCGCUGUAUAUAGGAUUUUGCUUUGGAGCAAUAUUUGCGAAACUUGAAAACUUCUGUAUCUUGGUGUUUGGAAUAAAUAAAUAGGUUUUUGUUGG